CUCUGGGCUAUUUUCAAUAAGGAAGUGUCUGAACUUGGGCGCAAAUUGUGACAAGCGCUAUAGUGAGAUACUGACAAACAUCAUAUCGUAAUUAUGAUCGUUGUGACAGUGAGGACUUCAAAAAGUUACAAUUCCUGAAAGUUUCAUAAGUGUUUGUGAUAUGUGAGAUAAGUGUUUCGAGUAUUGAGCCAGCUGGUGUUUUUUUGGUGAUUUUAGUUUAGGGUUCAACUACCAUGUGGAUGCUACUAUUGAACCUGGCUUUGCUACUGGGAUACACAUCGUCGUUCUACCAAAGAUACAAAUACGUUACCGGUAGCGAUGCGGAAAUAGUGCGGGCACACAUCGGUACGAACGUGUCGUUGCCAUGUCGCGUCGACACGAAGCAGUGCGGCCAACUGCACAGCGUCAAAUGGUACAAGGACGCCAACAGAGUCUACGUGCUCAGCCAUGCGGGACAGGGACGCGCCGAAGCAGAAAGGUAAGAAAUUAACUCUUCAAUAUUGUCAUCAUCAUCAUCUU